GAGCGCGAGCACCCGCUUUGGGCGAGGCGAGACUGGCAGGAGCGAGCUUUUACCAUUGGCAUUGGUGGCCCUGUCGGUUCUGGGAAGACGGCGUUGACGAUGAAAUUGUGCUUGGCACUGAGAGACAAGUACUCUGUGGCUGUGGUGACCAACGACAUCUUCACACGUGAGGAUGCCGAGUUCUUAACUCGCAACGGUGCGCUACCUCCGGAGCGAAUUCGGGCGGUGGAGACAGGUGGCUGUCCGCAUGCCGCCAUCCGUGAAGAUGUGAGCUCCAACCUUGCAGCUUGCGAGGCGCUGACGGAGCAGCAUGCAGAUGUGCUUCUCCUCUGCGAGAGCGGCGGGGAUAAUCUGGCCGCCAACUUCUCCCGUGAGCUGGCUGACUACACGCGCCCUGCUUUGGAGAAAGAUUUUGGAAGUUUGCAGGGUCUGGAAAAGAGGGCAGUGAUGCGUUCUUAUAGAGGUCAGCCAUGCGGACAGCCAUGCGGAGUUCUAGCUAUCUAUCGAAGAGCGGGUCAUGUUUUCCACGCCGUUAAUGAGGGCUUGGAAAGGAGUCAUUCCGAGGAGUCACAUCUCUUACCUAAGCUUCAGGAGAUUCCUGCCCGGUUGUUGAAGCGAGGCCUGCAUUCAAAAUGUUGGGCCAUUUAUGCUGUCAGUGUUGGAUAG